AUUUUUCGUAAACAACAAGAAGGUUACACGCAACCGGACACGCAGAAAAACGCCUCGCCGUGACGGUCUAAUUCUUUGUCACCAGUCGUCUUGUCGUGUAUCGUAUCAUUGAGCGUUUAUUCCACGAAAAGAGCGACGUCGCUCCUCCUGUGGUGUGUCCCUCGAGCUCUUUGUGGGAUGACAACAAACUAUCCGCUAACAGCUAGCUACGCUAACAGUCGGCUACGCUAACAGUCGGCUAGGCUAACAGCUAGCUACGCUUACAGUUAGCGAGGCUAACGACGCGUUGAAACGUUAACCAAUUACCUUAGCUCCCCUUGACGCUUGAUAAAGUGUCCGUCCCCCCCAACAGCGGAGCUGACUCUCAUGGUGGUCCCGGCUCGAUGGGGAACUGCCUGUUUUCUCAAGGUGCGGAUGAUCUGUCUCUACUGAACGAGUCGGAGGGGGGCAGUCUGCCAGGGGAGCCUCCGCCGCCCUACCAGGAGCGCGACCAGCCCGUGCAAGUGUACCACCCCACACCAGGAGAGAGUCGCCUGGCUUACCAGCUUACCGAGGAGGAGCAGGUCCGCAUUGCCCAGCGAAUUGGUCUCAUCCAUCACCUCCCCAAAGGCGUCUUUGACCUGGGCUCGGACCCCUCUGACAAGAAAGUUAAAGAGUGUGUGAUCUGCAUGAUGGACUUUGAGUAUGGCGACCCCAUUCGGUUCUUGCCCUGUCUCCACACCUACCACGUGGACUGCAUUGACGCGUGGCUGAUGCGCUCCUUCACCUGCCCCUCCUGCAUGGAGCCGGUGGAUGCGGCCCUGCUGUCCUCUUACGAAACCAACUGAGCAGCACCGCGACGGCUGCUCCUGCCUAAAACUAACUGCACCUUCUUAGCCAAAAACCUUCCAAGUGUUUCAAAUAGGUAACCGAGGUCAUGUGCAUUAUGCAGAUGUUUAGGGGGGGGGAUGCAGAAUGCAAGAAGGGUUUGAAAACAGUGCCCCAUUGCUUAAAGUCUGAUAUGCACCUUUUAGGGCUUUUGAAACACUUUGCCUUUAACAGUAGGACGACGUGCUAAAUUAAGCUAGAUGAAGAAUAUAGAAAGCUAUACACGUAGCAAAAUAUUACUGCAAAGUAAUGUUGUUUUUGUACGGCUGACAGUCUUUUUUAAAUUUGUGAUAUUUUGAAAUUCAUGUCUCCAUCGUGAUCUACAUCCCCUUUCUAGACUUAUUGUGCAAUAUGUACUGCCAAUGGAGAAAAGGCAGAAUAUUUGUCCCAGUCCAGUGACGUUUUUUUGUGUUUUUAAAGAACAAUGAGGCCUUGAAUGUGACAAUAACAAAUCGCCUCUCUACUGAUAUGCAAGGAUCAGGACACCAAAAAACAGUGAUGCCAUGUGGUCCCCUGACCCCUGGAUGAUGACAUAGAACGGGCUCCAUCCUGAUGCAAUCCAUUUUAUUUGAAUACAGUUGUCGGUACGGUUGUUCCUUACGCUGCUUUUAUAGAUGUGGAUCUGAUUUUGUUUUCUAUCUUUUUCUUUUUCCCACACUGAACCGUCUCUUUUGCUUUAACUUUGUGCUCUGUUUUGUUUUAAAAAUCAGUCCUUGGUGUGUCCUUUUUAAUUGUUUACUGCAAGUGAUGUAUACAAAGACAAGAUGUGCACGUCGGGGCACUCCUCGCCUGUAGACUUUGUAGAUGAUUGUGUGCUGUGGUGUGUGUGUGUGUGUGUGUGUUUUCUGAGGAGACGGCGUGUACAGUUUGGCAUGUCGAGGUGUCAUUGUGACUCGUUGGUUGUAAACCUCGCUGUAGUUCCUUCUAGUUCCAAGCUAUUUGUGGUUUUGUGGUGUAAGCCUUCUUUUACAGCAAGUGAUGCAUCUCUUGGGUCUGGUCAAACAAAACCCCUUUUAACUAUUUCAGCGUGUACCCUGUGAUACUGAACAACACAAAUUGCGUUGAAUUGUGAAAGUAACGCCACUGCAGCAGAACAGAAGUCUUGAAUGUAAAGUAGUGUCAAAAGCAUGCUGAGUGGUUGGAAGACUAGAGAGGAUAGACAAGUACAGUCCAUUUAAAGCAUUAUUUCAGCUUUUAGAGAUGUGAACAGCACAUGUGACAGUAAGAAGACUUUUGUGAUUUACUCAGGCUGCUGUGCCUUUUAAGGUUGAGGAAAGCCAAUUCCUGUGAAGUACAAUCCUCUGACAUGACUUUUUCUUCUUCUAGUUGUUCUCUUGGGGCAAAUAAAUACCAGCACUGUACUGAUUUGUGUCACUAUGAAUGCGGCCAGAAAUGAAGCAAAGGAAUUUGCUUUGGCCGCUGUUAACAAUCAGUUUGGGUUUUAAUUUAUGAUGUGUGCCGCCAGAGCGCAGAUUUAUUAAAAUAAAA